GCGUGAACAUCGCCGCCGCAGAAACAUAUUAUCUCGUGUUUGAAGUCGUCACCCUACAAGUUUUCCUCAUUCACGGUCUGUAUUUGUAGGUUAGAUAAACAGAGUACGUUUAAAACGGUUAAAGAUGAUGAAAAUUUUGUCGCUACACGACUUCGAGUCUCCCUCGCUAGACGAAACAGCCGUUGUUGGCCUUAUAGGACAUGCCGUGCAUUAUUGUGAAUACGAUGCUAUGCAAAGCGAGUUGAAACCUUUUGCCAAGUACAUACGUCAGUAUCCUGAGGUCUCGAUCGCACCGGAUAGUCUUACUACUCGCGAAACAGCGUGUACCGUUUGCGCUGGCGACUUGUUUCUACCGGUACAUGAUAGUAUCUUUAAGAAAAUUGCUAGCGUAUGGAGGGAAAAGGGCUUGGUCGAAGCUAUCUACCUUGCUGCGUCCACAGAUCCUGGAGAAAUUACAAAGACUAUACAUUGGAUAGCUACAAGACUUAAAUGGAUGUUAGAUUUAAUGGACAAGGGAAUCUAUCAAAGAGAGAUUUUGCCUACCAGUGGAUCGGGAUCGGUCGCAGAUGUAGUUCAAACCAGGGACUGGAACACGUCGCUCAUCAGAUGUCUUUCUUGGCAUCCAAAUUGCGCGCGAUUAGCGGUAGUUACAAGGGACGAUCGUAUACGUAUCUUUUCUCAAGGAGUACCAGUGGUACCGAUACUGAGACACAGUGCUCAAAAAUCAGUCUGUUGCAUUAGCUGGAGGCCCUAUGCUGGCAGGGAAUUGGCAGUGGCGUGUCACGCGGGUGUCCUAAUUUGGACGAUAGAAUUGGGUGCAGCUAGUAACUCCCUUAGUCAUGCGGUAUUGCUAAAGCGGAGAAAUCAUGUACCCGUUACAAGCGUUACGUGGCAUCCACAGGGUGACUUGCUGGUAUCUUGUUCACCGGCAGAUACGAAUAUGAUUAUAUGGGAUACUUCUAAGAGGGAAGGUGUUCCGCUCAGACGAGUAGGAAGUGGUGGAUUGUGUUUCACACGUUGGUCCCCCUGUGGAUCUCAACUGUUUGCUGCCACGUGUAGAAAUGUAUUCAGAGUUUGGAAUACCGGGGUAGCGACGUUAUGGCACGCAGAUAAAUGGACAAUGCCUAAUGGCCGCGUCGCGGCUGCGUGUUUCGGCCCCAAUUUGACUCUAUUGUUUGCAUCGACCGAAGAGUCUGCGACGGUCUUCUCCCUACCGUUGCAAGAAAAUAUUUUCGAUGUCAAAAAAAUAUCGAUCGACGAUCUAAAGCUUGCCGUACCCUUGAUAGAUCUGACACAGGUGUGCAAUGAUAUUUCUGUUGGCGGAAGAAUAGUUGCAAUGGAGUGGGAUCCGACAGGAAGAUAUCUCGCUAUACUUUUCCAGGACAGUCCCUGUAUCGCAUUAUUUGAAACGAAAAUAGGAACGAUGUCGCGGGUAGUCGACGUCAAACCAGGUUGCCUGAUCAAAGGAUUCCCCGGAGAAGUUCCUAAUUGUAUGAAUUUCUAUCAAAAGCGCGACGAGCGCUCGCCUGUAUGUUUAACAAUCGCUUGGAGCAGUAGCCGUGUACAACACUUCCCUAUCGUCGAGAAAGAAUUAGUUCGUCCUUACUGCGCUCGUAUUCGAUAAGAAACGAGACACAUAAUUUAAAUACUAUGGUUAAGAUAAAACUUCCAUAUUUACGUUUUGAUACAUUGUUUAAUAUUUGUAUAUAUCUGUAUAUCAGCUGCACUCACGAGAGUCUAAAUAUUUUUAUUACGAUUAAUAAUAAAAUAAUGAAUCGUACGGUG